CGUUGAUUUUAGUGAAACCCAUUCGUGCUUAGAGAGAGGGUACGAAGUUAAAGCUACAGCAGCAUGGAAAAACAACUACAUUCAUGUUCACAUAAUGAGCCGGUGAGAAGGACCUAGACAUCCAAUCGGCAGCUCCGAGGCAACCCCUUUGCUUCGCGUGAGGCAAUAUUUUGUGUGUGUGAGAGAGGAGUGUAUUUGCAUGUGCGGAGUGAUUAGUGGGUUUCUGCUCUGGCUCAGCCGCAUUUCCCGCUCUGGCAAAGGCGCAGGAGGAAGUGUUUUGCUGGAAGAUGAUGACAGAGGUCAGGCUUUACUAAUGGGCCAGUGAAGAACCGUGGAGGCGAGGCGCAGACUAGGAACACAUACAUUAAUACACUUGUACUAUCACCAAUCAGCAUAGGGAUUUCAUCUUCUGCACAGGAUAACGGGGGAAAUAAUUAUUUUAUUGCCAACUUUUUCAAGAAAGUCGUCAUUUCAGUCCACUUUUUAAAAACUAUUGACAGGAGCUUUGACAGCCUUGCACAAUGCCGCAUAAAGAGGGAAGUCUUUAACCAAUCAGAAGCAGAUGAGUGACUUGUUAAAUUGUUUUAAGAGGACAGUCAACAGCAUUAAUUCCAGAACAAUAUAAACGGAGCCACGUGGGACUCUGGCGUAGCAUUCAACAUGCAGAACAGUCACAGUGGAGUGAAUCAGCUUGGUGGUGUGUUUGUCAACGGCAGACCACUGCCAGAUUCAACCAGACAGAAAAUUGUAGAACUUGCCCACAGUGGUGCACGGCCGUGCGACAUUUCACGGAUUCUUCAGACCCAUGCUGAUGCAAAAGUCCAAGUGCUGGACAAUCAAAACGUGUCGAAUGGGUGCGUGAGUAAGAUCCUGGGCAGAUAUUAUGAAACAGGCUCGAUCAGACCUAGAGCGAUCGGAGGUAGCAAACCCAGAGUAGCGACUCCUGAAGUAGUAAGCAAAAUUGCUCAGUAUAAGAGAGAGUGUCCUUCAAUCUUUGCCUGGGAAAUCCGUGACAGGUUGCUUUCCGAAGGUGUCUGCACGAACGACAAUAUACCCAGUGUGUCGUCGAUCAACAGAGUCCUCCGCAACCUGGCUAGCGAAAAGCAACAGAUGGGUGCUGAUGGCAUGUAUGACAAACUGAGGAUGUUGAACGGUCAGACGGGAACGUGGGGGACCCGGCCGGGCUGGUAUCCCGGUACAUCAGUGCCAGGUCAGCCAAAUCAAGAUGGAUGCCCGCAACAAGACGGUGGUGGUGAAAAUACAAACUCUAUAAGCUCAAAUGGAGAAGACUCAGAUGAGACACAAAUGAGGCUACAGUUGAAAAGAAAGUUGCAGAGAAAUCGGACUUCGUUCACUCAGGAGCAGAUAGAGGCACUAGAAAAAGAAUUUGAAAGAACCCAUUAUCCUGACGUGUUUGCAAGAGAGAGGCUAGCUGCCAAAAUAGACCUUCCUGAAGCCAGAAUACAGGUAUGGUUUUCAAACAGAAGGGCAAAAUGGAGAAGAGAGGAAAAGCUGAGAAAUCAAAGAAGACAGGCCAACAAUUCAUCCAGUCACAUUCCCAUAAGCAGCAGUUUCAGUACAAGUGUCUAUCAGCCGAUCCCUCAGCCUACCACACCUGUAUCCUUCACAUCAGGGUCCAUGUUGGGGAGAACGGACACCGCACUUACUAACACAUAUAGUGCUCUCCCACCUAUGCCAAGCUUUACAAUGGCUAACAACCUGCCUAUGCAACCCCCAGUGCCCAGCCAGACAUCAUCCUAUUCUUGCAUGCUGCCCACCAGUCCGUCAGUGAAUGGGAGGAGCUAUGACACAUACACGCCCCCUCAUAUGCAGACACACAUGAACAGCCAGGCAAUGGCUACAUCAGGAACCACCUCCACAGGUCUCAUUUCCCCUGGAGUAUCAGUCCCCGUUCAAGUUCCAGGAAGUGAACCUGACAUGUCUCAGUACUGGCCAAGGCUACAGUAAAGAAGAACGUUAUUUCACAAUGUGACUUUUUGAAGAAGGUUGGCUGUUCAGCAGUAUUUUAUAUAUAAACAAAAGACUCUGAAAGAGAGAUUUUUGUACUGGGAUUGUGCCCUGUGUUAUAAUUCUUGGCAAAAGAAGAUUUAAAAAAAUGGACUGUGUUAGACUGCCAGGCAUUAUAUCUUAAAUGGAACAAAACUAUCUUCAUUUUCAGUUUCCGAAUUUUAGUCAUUUUUGGUGUAUUUGUAAAUGGCCGUUUGUAUGUAAUGAUGAAUCAAGAACAACAUGGAUGGACUGUUGACUUGAGAUGGUUGUGUAUACGAGGAAGCCAUGAUCAACAGAAUCUGCCACAUAUAGAAUUUUAUUGACUUAUAUCGAGUACGUCUACCAUUUUUUUAAAUAAACUGUGGACUGUUUAAAGCCAGGUUUGUACCAUUCAAUUGCAAGGCUAAUGAAAACACACGAGUUAUGUGUAAAAACAUUUAUCGGCUUGUGUUAUUUUUUAACCCCUAAUCCCCCCAAAUCCCCAGCUCACUGGCAGAUAAAAGUUUCAGUGCAAAAAGAUAACUGGUGUGAAGGAAGUGAAAAGAAACCAUUUGAUAGCUAAAAGGUAGAUUGUGUCUUCGAUAUAAUCCAAUUUGUUUAUGUCGAAAUGUAAGUAUUUGUCUUCCCUAGAAAUCUCCCUGAAUGAUUUCUAUAAUAAAAUUAAUUUCAUUUAUA